AUGGCCUCAUUGGGCAGAAUCGCGCUUUCUGUCGCUUCAGCGACGCAAGAAGCGACUGCAGCUCUGGCAAACUUUAAUAUUGACUUUGCUAUGGUUAAGAUCGAGGCCCCGGUCGAGUUUCAUAGUGUAGGGAAACACCUCUCUAAAAAGAGGAAGCUACAAGCUGAAGACGGCUCAUUUCAUACGACUGCACGAAAAUUGGGCAUAUUGUUCCAAGAAGAUCUUCCGGAAAUAUCUCAUUUAACUCGGGGAUAUGGUCUUCGGUCGUCAGAAAUAGUCGAGAGAUCCAUGACUGAUGCGAUUGACCAUUCUGAACAUGGGACGUUAAGUGAUUAUUUUGGUAUUGACGGAACCUCCGUUUGGGCGGCUGUGACGUCUGGUAGAGGACCGGAGGCAGUCUCUAUAUGGAUGGAACUGAUCACGACUAGACAAACACUACUCAAAGAACGGCUUCGUGGUGAAAUUUUCAGCAUUACAACAGUAACAGCGGCACAAAUCGAUUUCAGCCGUGAUAAGAUAUCGGAUUGGGAUUCCAGCGCUCGAGCAUGGCUUCGCACUGCCGAUAAAUUAAAAGUUAACCAGCAAAAGCAGUUAUUGCUUAUCAUUGAUAAUCUAGGACUGGCGAUCAAGUCUGCCGCACGUACAUACGAGAGCGUUGUUAGCGUCUCUGGACUGAGCCCUGAUGUGUUAGUCGGUCUAGCAGCAUGGCAUAUAUUUCCAGAUAUUUCAUUUCUUGGUGGUAUAACGGAGUUCAUCAGUUUUAAGGAUCCCUUCAUACGAAAAGGUGGUAUUCUUACGAUUGGCAUGCAAAACACUAACCCUGCGAAAGAGGGUAUACAAUGGACACUUCCUCUUGCUCAUUAUCAACAUUAUGGAAAACCCAAGACUAAGAGCAGUAAUAUCUGCACAAGCUCUAUGCAUAUCCCAUUUAACCGUCUUGUUCAAGUAGCAAUAGGCAGCGCUAUAAGUCAAUGGGGCAAUGCAGGUCAUGAUCUUGAAACUGUUGCUCAUUUCCUCAUCACCAUGGGGAAGCAUUGUUCCAAAGGUGAUUUGAAAGAGAACAAGAAAUGCCCGUCAUCAACGAUGUUAAAUACGGAGAAUGAGCCCUACCUCGACCCAAGAGAAGAAGUGAAAGAAAAAUUUCUUUGGCCAACUAUGAUGAGUACAGAAGCUGAGUCCUACAUCCGUGCAAGAGAGAAAGAGAAGGAAGAAUUUCGAAGGUUUGUUGAUUUAGGUAGACGUCGCUUUGCAACCUUUCUAGCACCUAGGACGCUCCACCCAUCUCCGGCAUUCGGCUUGAGUGACAUGAGCACAAUUACGCAUAUGUUGCCAGAUGAUGAACAGGUGAUACCAUUCCUGCGCAAUUUCUUCAAAGAACAUCCUUUCUACAUAGAUGUAUCUACAGCUAUUAUUGUGCGUCAUGGUCCGAAAGGUCUAAUAGAAUUUGCGAUUCUUGCACCUCAGCUAUUUCCGGACCAGAUGUCACCUCGGCAUCAGCGCUGGGUUUUGCUUCGGCCGUCCUCUCACAAGGGCUUACCCACUUUAAAUCAGCAUCAUGAGUCUGUGAAUUUCAGCGUGAGCCACACUGAUCGAGGAUUUGACGAAAAUGCGACAAUCUACCGUUCGCAUGAACUACGUCGAUCAAUUGAGAUCAUAGUUGAAGAAGAGGAACCAUGUGGUUUCGUUUCCAUUGCUAGCUGGAUUAACAACGAAUUUCGGUCUUUUGAAAUAAACUCGUGGAAUACUACCCAAACCAUUAAGUAUGCCUUCCAUCUAAAUGACGAUAAAGUCCCUAAAAUCCUUGAUGUAGCACCAACCGUUGCUUCUGGUUGGAAACAAGGAUCAAGACCGUUUCCAGCCAAGACAUCAUCUUACUCGCUUCUUUUUGGAAACGAUGAAAUAAAGAUUUUUACCGAAAAUCUUGAUUCGUCCAGGACGCCAUCGAGCGUGAGAUUAUCUCUAGCGGAUAUUACAACCUUGCUCUGUGGUUCUCCUUUGAAUUCAGAUAAGCUCCAGGAAUACCUGAUUCGGAGGGCUGAUGAGGACUAUUUCACAUCUCUGGAAGCACUGAAAGGUGCCUCGACUAUAUACAGUGAACUCUCCGACGCUACUGUCAAUCUUUCAGUUUGUAAAAUUCCCUUGACGUCUGCUAAAUGGUACCAAAAAGCAAGGAGGCGGUCCCAGCUAGGUAGAAACUAUGAUCGAACCAUCAGGUUUGCAUGCAUUGCUAUGUUCGAUUCCGGUAUUCUUAAUCUCGACCCAGAGGAUUUUAGAAAGGCCAUCGCUAUUUCAUCUGGGAAUUCCUUAUAUGUAUCGCAGACACUUCUCAUAGACCCGUGCAAUCAUGAUGAAGAAAACCGAAACAGAGCCGGAGGUAUACAGUGUCUGCUCGGCAAUGUCGCAAAGCCCGGCCUUUCUAUUAUCAUUUUGGUUGAUGAGCCAAUGUUAAAAGAAGCUGAGCUCGAGUCAUGGGAUGUUGUUAACCACAAUCCAUUUGACCAUACACUCCAAGAUAGCUAUGAGGUACCAGUUGAUACGUCGAGCCACGGAACCAUGGACAAAGAGGCAUUCUUAAUCGAGGCUAUUGUUUCGGUGCACGAAGCGGGAAACUGGAUAGGAGAUCUAGACAUUCUUGAAAUGGUCGCAGCGUUUGUAAUGAAGCCAACGCAAUAUUUUCUCCCCAGAAAAUGCCGCCAUACACAGAGAGAACGCAUGGAGGCAUCAAAGGUCGGUCUGCUUACAUCCAUUGACAAUUGGUCCGAAUUUCUAGAUCCACCACUCAAUGCUGCGGUUAUUCGUGCAAAGAAAAAUUGGCACGCUCGUCUGGCCUUUGCAGCGGCGUCUGUGCGGCAGGGAAAGAGUGUUUUGAUUUGCGAAAGCGAGAUUUGCUUUGGCUGUGUGCUGGAAUACUGCCGUGAUUUCGAUAUCCAAUUUCAAGACCUUCUCAUACUUUGUUAG